AUGGCUGCCGGCUGGAAGCACUUCACGGGAAAAUCUCAAUAUCCGGAGCUGACGGCUAACAGCACGCACUCGCAAUUUACAUAUGGAACGAAACGGGAUCGUGGGUAUCGAAUGGGAUGGAUCCAAGGCCGACGCGACGAGCGUGAGGAGCGAAAUAUGCUCAACUGGGUCUCGAAUAUUUCUGGCCAACGAAUCGAUCAGAGUGAUAGUGAAAUGGCGCUAGAGCAAUUGCAUGAUGGUAUCAUCUUAUGCGAAUUUUUAAAUGGCUUGAACCCGCACGCCCUAAACCGUCCGAUCAGCCAUAAAAAGUCGCUGUUUGCCGCCACGGAAAAUAUGACGAAUUUUCAGGAAAGCGUGCUAAAUUUUGGGCUACGACAGGCUGAAUUGUUCCCACCAAACGAGUUACUCGAAAAGCGUUCCCUCGAUGGAUUGAUCCGCACGUUGAAUGUGUUGAAGUCCAAGUUGAAUGCUCAG